AAAAAGUUCGAACGCUCUAUAUAUAAACACAGAAUCACUCUUCGAUGCUGAGACUCUUGUUUGCAUCUAGGGUUUCCACAGCUCCCGCCUCCUCGAAACAAUGACGAAGCGUACAAAGAAGGCUGGAAUUGUUGGGAAAUAUGGCACUCGAUAUGGUGCUAGUUUGAGGAAACAGAUCAAGAAAAUGGAGGUCAGCCAACACGCCAAAUAUUUCUGUGAAUUCUGUGGCAAGUAUGCCGUGAAGAGGAAGGCAGUUGGGAUCUGGGGAUGCAAGGAUUGUGGCAAAGUGAAAGCCGGUGGUGCCUACACUUUGAACACUGCAAGUGCGGUCACGGUAAGAAGCACCAUCAGGAGGCUGCGGGAGCAGACUGAAAGUUAAACAACCUCCUUCUUAAGUCACUUGCAAUGCCUUUAUGUUAUCUGAGUUUGUUCUGUGUUCCUGCUCUAAGUUUAUACACCUAUGUCUGUCAUUGAGUUUUAAUUUGCAUUUCAUCUGAAACUCUGAAUUUUGGAAGUCAUUUUAUUUUGAAAAGGGUUGUGAUCAUAUGAAACCCCAAGAAAA